GUCGGUUACAUCAGAGGGACUCGAGGUGUCGGGCUUAAGAUAUAAAAGGGAACAAUCUUUGAGUUGGUGGUACUCAAGGUGUAAACCUUUAACGUUGGUGAAAGCAAAGUGACGCAUUGUUAAAGGAACAAGAUUUGAAGAUGUUCAAACUCACCCUUGCACUUGCUCUCGUGACCUUUGUCACCUGCGCCCCAGCAGACAAUGACUGGGCAAGGUUCAAGGGCGCAUUUAGCAAGCGCUACAAGUCGCCAUCAGAGGAGGUCAAAAGACGAGGAAUCUGGGAGUCGAACCUUGCCCUUAUCAGAAAACACAAUCAAGAGUACGAUAAUGGAGUACACACUUAUAACCUGGGCGAGAACAUCUACUCUGAUUUAACCUCCCAAGAAUUCGUCGCUAAGCUCACCGGAUACAACAGCAGUUUGGCACAAGGUAGAACAUCGUCCGUUUCCGGCGUCGCUAGUACCUUACAGCUAGCACCUCAGCCGACAGUUAACUGGACGGACAAAGGCUACGUCACAGAGGUUAAAGACCAGGGUCAGUGUGGAUCUUGCUGGGCUUUCUCUGCUACUGGGGCGCUGGAAGGGCAAAUUUAUAAGAAAACAGGAAAACUUAUUUCUCUGUCUGAACAAAAUCUUGUCGACUGCUCGGGAGCUUAUGGUAACCAAGGAUGCAAUGGUGGAUGGAUGAACUCGGCCUUCACCUAUAUUAGAGAUAAUAAUGGUAUCAACACCGAGGUCUCUUAUCCCUACGAGGCUGUUAAUGGAAUCUGCAGGUUUAAUUCCGCUAAUGUUGGAGCUACAGAUACUGGAUUUGUCAAUAUUGCUCAAAGCGAGUCUGCCCUUCAGAAUGCUGUGGCCACUGUAGGCCCUAUCUCUGUUGCUAUCAAUGCCGGUCUUUAUACCUUCCAGUUUUAUAAAAGCGGAGUCUAUUAUGACAAGAAAUGCAGUUCUUCUACCUUGAAUCACGGUGUGUUAGUAGUUGGAUACGGUACCAGCGCCUCGGACUAUUGGCUGGUCAAAAACAGCUGGGGAAAAUCCUGGGGUCUAAAUGGCUAUAUCCAGAUGUCCAGAAACAGAAACAACAACUGCGGCAUCGCCUCUGCGGCCAGUUACCCCACAGUGUGAUGACGUGGCAUGCCAUGUGACCUAAACAUGUGUCAACGUAG